UUUUUCGAUAUAUAAAUCCGUUUGCCGUAGCAGUGUAUUGUCAACAGGUUCCCUGCGAUAAUUCCUUAUGAGUUUACCCUAAAUUUGCUCCAUAGAAUACAACGUGUGCGUGCGAAUGCACAUGUACGCUGUGCGCCCGCCGGGUUCCAAUUUAUGUCCAAAGUGCGUAUAGCAGCCGCUGCAACACCGCACGAGAGAUGCACGAUAAAAUAACUACUUGCGAACGCGAUUAAUCUUUGUUGAAUGCGAUAUUACCUGCUUCAAUUUCGUUUAUACGAUAGUUUAUCAGAGGCAAGGAAUCGUUAUGGUCAAGUGAUAUUGCAUCGGCUGUUUAGCGCGAGUUUGAAAAUGGCCAAAAGUAAAUUUGAUUACGUUAAGGACUUCGAACAUGAGGACAAUUGUUUGCCUAACUGUUGGAUUGUGGUUAGGGUUGAUGGCAGAAAUUUUUCGAAAUUUGCAGAAUCCCACCAAUUUAUCAAACCUAAUGAUCUCGCGGCACUUGAACUUAUGAACCGCGCUGCGAUAUCCGUUAUGGAGGAUUUUCGAGAGAUCGUGAUCGCUUUUGGUCAAAGUGAUGAAUACUCCUUCGUUUUUCGUAAGGAUACUCAUCAAUUUAAACGUAGAGCGUCCAAGCUCUUGUCUAAUGUCAAUUCACUAUUUUCUUCCUCUUAUGUUUACCACUGGCCUCGUUUCUUUAAAAAUAGAGAACUUCAUUAUCCACCUUCCUUUGACGCAAGGGUUGUUUUAUAUCCUACUGAUAAAAAUUUGAGAGACUAUUUAGCUUGGAGACAAGCUGAUGUACACAUUAAUAAUCUAUACAAUACGUGCUUUUGGAGUCUAGUAUUAAAAAAGCAUUUAACACCACAACAGGCUGAAGAAAGAUUAAGUGGCACUUUAGCUUCGCACAAAAAUGAAUUACUUUUUCAAGAAUUUGGUAUUAAUUACAAUAACGAGCCUGCCAUAUACAGAAAAGGAACAACACUAGUGCGUAAACUAGUACCUAGUGGAAUAGGUCGUUUGAAACCUAUUGUUGUACCAUUAGUCGAUGACAUUAUUGGAGAUCGUUUUUGGAAGGAAAAUCCUGAAGUUAUUGGUUUGAAAAGUUUAGGAACAUACCAGUUACCUUUGAACAACAUUCCUCUACCUAUGGCAAUUCCAAACUCCAUUCAUCAGCCUAUGCCAAUUAAAUCAUUGCAUCCAGGAAAUACUAUUCAAACGUCUUCUAUUGGUAAUUGCUCACCAAUGAAA